GAGCCGUAAGUAGCUACCGAAGAGCCCAGCAAGAAGCCCCGAAAGAUGCUUUUAAAUCUUAUUAACCUAUGAGAGCACAGCAUGGAUCAAACUUCUUUUAUUCUCUCUUUGUAGGGAGAAGAAAAGAAGGAGAGUAGUGGAGCUGACUGAGAAGUUAGUGAUCAAUCGGUAGAACUGGCAGAAGGUUUGAGGUCUCUAGACAGGAAGAAGGUUACUGUUAGCUAGAAGAGAAAGCUAACUGUUUGUAAACAAAGUAUACGAGUAGCUAGUUCUGGGAAAGUAUCUAGGCCAGCUGACUAAGUAACUAUCGUGUCCAAACAGUGAAUGGUCUUUGGUGUCAUUCACCUUUGAGCGUAUUCAGAGGUCUGAUAUACUCUCUCAAUGUUGACAUUGCAGUUAUUUAUGGAAAGCUAAUCAGCUAGCCUAGCUACCGGGAACUGUCCUGUCAGGAGAGACGGCAGCCCAUAAUCCCGAGGGUCAGAAACGCCUACCUCUCAGAUUGGCAUGUUUAAUAAAUGUUACUGAGAAGGCUUUUUGGACGCUUAGAGGAGACAGGCAUCAAAACACGACUGCAUUAGUAUACAGCACAACACUUUCCUAUUUUAAGAACGCUUUCACUUUGGCAUGAUCGGCUGUGAGCUAAAGAGUACCCUCCCCCUGCAUCAGUGACUCUGUGUUGAUUUCAUGUUUUGCGUGCUCCUAUAAGACAGACUUGAGAGCUUUGUGCAAUUUCAACCCAUACAUUGUAUUGCAUUUAAUCUAAAUGGGAUGCAUUCGAUGUGACAUCCUAAACUCCAUUUCGUCUCCAGGAUGGUGGUUGAUGGAGGCAGUGGAGGGACCUGUGAGUGGGAAGGUCGAUGGAAUCAUAUCAAAAAGUUCCUCGAAAGGUCGGGGCCAUUCACCCAUCCCGACUUCGAGCCCAGCACAGAGUCUUUGCAGUUUUUGCUAGAAACCUGCAAAAUCCUGGUCAUUGGCGCUGGUGGGCUGGGAUGUGAGCUCCUCAAAGACUUGGCUUUAUCGGGCUUUCGAAACAUUGAUGUCAUUGACAUGGACACCAUUGAUGUUUCUAACCUGAAUCGUCAGUUCCUCUUCAGGCCAAAGGAUGUGGGUCGGCCUAAGGCGGAAGUUGCAGCUGAUUUUAUCAACGACCGCAUACCAGGAUGCCAUGUCGUCCCGAAGCUUUAUUUCCGACAGUACACAGAGCGUCUUCUUAAGAGAGAGCUUUUCCUAUAUGAUUUGAACAGACAUUUUAAGAAAAUUCAAGACUUAGAUGAAACAUUCUACAGACAAUUCCAUAUAAUUGUCUGUGGACUUGAUUCUAUAGUAGCCAGGAGAUGGAUUAAUGGUAUGCUGCUAUCUUUGCUGGUGUAUGAGGAUGGUGCACUGGAUCAAGGGUCAGUCAUUCCACUUAUAGACGGCGGAACUGAAGGCUUUAAAGGCAACGCCAGAGUCAUUUUCCCCGGCAUGUCUGCAUGCAUUGACUGCACCCUUGAACUUUACCCUCCCCAGAUCAACUUCCCGAUGUGCACGAUAGCCUCAAUGCCUCGUUUGCCAGAGCAUUGCAUUGAAUAUGUGCGGAUACUGCAGUGGCCCAAAGAGGCACCGUUUGGAGAUGGCGUCGCCUUGGAUGGAGAUGACCCAGAACAUAUCCAGUGGGCCUACCAGAGAUCUCUAGAGAGGGCAGCAGAGUUCAACAUAACAGGAGUCACUUACAGACUAACGCAGGGUGUUGUUAAAAGGAUAAUCCCUGCCGUAGCAUCUACAAACGCUGUGAUUGCUGCUGCUUGCACAACUGAGGUUUUCAAAAUAGCAACAAGUGCCUAUCUGCCUCUCAGUAACUACAUGGUAUUCAAUGAUGUUGAUGGCCUAUAUACUUACACCUUUGAGGCAGAACGUAAGGAAAACUGCUCAGCCUGCAGCCAAGUACCUUUGGACUUGCAAUUUUCUCCAUCUUCCAAACUCCAAGAAGUGAUUGACUUUCUGAUUGAAAGUGUCUCCCUGCAAAUGAAAUCUCCUGCUAUUACAGCAACAGUGGAGGGAAAAAACAAAACUUUAUAUUUACAGUCAGUCGCUUCAAUUGAACAGCGAACUCGGCCAAAUUUGUCCAAAACCUUAAAGGAGUUGGGGCUGAAAGAAGGACAAGAGCUGGCUGUUGCUGAUGUCACCUCACCCCAAACUAUGUUGUUCAGGCUUUGCUUUACCUCGGAAUAAACUCAAGCACUCUCAAAACCUGAACUAGAACAGUUUACAGCGAAUUCAAUCAGUUGGUCAGUCAUUAUAACCAUUUAAAUUGGUUUAAUGUACCUGUUGACUCAAGUGGAUAUUUUUGCACUGAAAAACCAAGUUGUAGUUCACACUUGGUUUUGUGAUUGUCUACAAAUGCUAAGCUUUUCUGUUGUUAAUGUAAUAUACAUUGCAGAUUCUGUGCAAACAUUAGAUAAAUGUGAGUUUAUCUAUGAAUUUUAUUGUAUAAUUAUUCUGAUUUUGCAUAUUUAUUUAUUUGGGUAAAGUUUUUUUUACAGUAGUUGUAGCCACUGAAGCUGUUAUCAACGUUGAUAAUGAUGACGUGUGAACUGGAAUAAAACGU